GGCUCUUCAACCAGGUUGCUCCUCACCCUCUCGCUGGGUUGGGAAAGAAGAAAAUAAACCUAUCGCUGCUAACCAAGCUAGUUAUGGAAGCAAAUCUUAAACAAUUAUAUUACGACCAGUGACUGGCCGGGCAGUGCUCUUUCUUCAUGCAGAUUAUUUAUCUUUUGGAGAUAAAAAAAAAGGCACUGAAGUACCUUGGUGUUUAGGACCGUCGUCUUUUUUUAAAGCCAAGUUGAAGACGCCAGCCAGAAGAGGAUUUCUUUAGCCUAUUAGCAUAUGUGCGAGCUAGCUGGCUGACUGGCUAACUGUUAGCCUAGCAUGGAGCGACUGCUGCGACUGGGAUAACAGCCCGCUGUCUGAACUCCAUGCGUUUUUAUUUCACUUCUUCACGCGGGAGUUAGUCGUCGCCUGCUGGACAUAAUCACCUGCAAGUUUGGUAGCGACAACAGGGUGCUAACAUUGUUUUUGCGCUUUUACGCCAUCACGUUAUUGAUUUGGAGACCCACUGUCGAGCUAACAGGAUAUUAGCCACCUCUCGCCCCGCUUUGUGGUGGUGUGGCCAUACACUGGGAAGCAGUCGUUACUUGAGUGAUGGGCAGGGUGGCUUAAUGGCAGCUAAUUAUUUCAUGGGAAAGGGGGCUUGGAUACAAUUAAACCGACAGAGGAGACUUUAAGUAGGAACAAUCCGGACACAAGCUGGUGUUUUUUUUGUUGAAAAAUGCAGAGGAGCUCGGGCUUUUUUUCAAAGUUGGAGUAGGAAGAGAGACAAAGUAAACAGCAGGAUUACGAUUCCACUGCUGCUUAAAGUCACCCAGAGAACAUCCCACAGAGAGUCAACGAGGUGAAAGAUCAUGUCUACCGCUAAAGAAAAUUCCUGUAGGAAAUUCCAGGCCAACUUUUUCAACAAAAGCAAAUGUCAAAACUGCUUCAAACCCAGAGAGUUGCAUCUGCUGACGGAUCAGGAUUUAACACAGGCUAAGCCCAUUUAUGGUGGUUGGUUGUGCUUGGCCCCUGAGGGAACUGAUUUUGACAAUCCUAUGCAGCGAUCGCGGAAAUGGCAACGGCGAUUCUUUGUGUUGUACGAACAUGGCUGUCUGCGCUUUGCCCUGGACGAAUCACCAAGCACACUGCCCCAGGGAACAGUGAAUAUGAACCUGUGUACGGACGUCAUAGAUGCGGAACCCAAGACGGGCCAAAAAAACUCCUUAUGCAUCAUCACCCCAGAACAGGAAUACUUCAUCAGAGGAGAGAAUAAAGAGAUCAUUAAUGGCUGGACUGAACAGUUGGUUGUUUAUCCCCGCACCAAUAAACAGAACCAGAAAAAGAAACGCAAGGUGGAGCCUACAACCUCCCAGGAGCCAGGCCCAGCCAAAGUAGCAGUGACUGGUUUGGGCAUUCCUGAGGCAGAGAAGGUUCCAGACUCCAGUUCCAUCAUCUGGCAGGAAGAGCUGAACCAAAGAGAGGUGGAAGGGGCUGCAGUCUGGGCCCCUGUUGAGCUGCCCCCAGGAUCCCCGCCACUCACUACAGGUGAAUCUAUAACUGUCGGACAAGGGUCUGAUGCAGGCUCAGUGAAUGGUAACGAGGUGGACCAGGGUGGAGUGGUGCUGCACGGAUCGGUGCCACAGCCGCCCAGUGACCUCCUUUCCCCAACAGGCUCCUGCUCCAGCCUGGGGGGUGUACCCCGCUGCCUCUCUCCAUCUCCCAGUGAUCCCUUCCCCUCUGGCAGCUCGCUGCUCUCAAACGGUUCUCACAUCAGUGGUUCCGUAAGCUCUCUGGACUCCGAUGCCAGCGGCAGCACAGUGACCAGCACUGAAAGCCACCCGGCCAAUCAGAGGGGGAACCAUUCAUUCAGCCACCAUGAUACGCCUCGAUCCCGAAGACUGGAGGCAGAGGAACGAAAGGCAGAGAAGAGGAGCCGUUUUAGGAGCCCUGACAGGCACGAGAGGGAAGCUGUCCUCAGCCCCGAGAGCAGUCGCUCUGCUGUUAUUGAGAAGUUGGAAGCCCUGGAACUUGAGAAUCAGGAGAAAAUGGAGGUGGAAGAGGCGAGCAAGAGUGUAGGCAGACAAGGCCGCAGUGAGCACAGACGUUUCCACAGAGAGGAGCAGAGGCCUGACAUGAGUCAAGGUCUGGAUUUCCCCUCCUCCUUGCCGCCUCUUAGGAGAGCUAAGUCCCUUGACCGAAGGACCACCGAUUCAGUCAUGACACCCGAUUUACUGAACUUCAAGAAAGGCUGGAUGGUGAAGCUGGAUGAGGAAGGACAGUGGAAGAAAUACUGGUUUGUGUUGACGGAUCAUAGCCUGCGGUACUACAAGGAUUCCAUAGCAGAAGAGGCCUCUGACCUGGAUGGCGAGAUUGAUCUGUCUACCUGCUACAAUGUAACUGAAUACCAAGCUCAACGGAAUUACGGCUUCCAAAUACAAACUCAGGAGGGAGUUCACACGCUUUCAGCCAUGACAGCAGGUAUACGGAGGAAUUGGAUCCAGGCAGUCAUGAAGAAUGUCAGACCAUCUACUGCUCCUGAUGUAGCAAGCUCAACCGAAGACCAGGGUUCUUUCACUCCCCUGGAGGGUCUGAUCAGACCAGAUGUGACCCAUGACUCACCGUCCUCUGAAACGUCAUCUGUGGAGAGAGAAUCCAAUACAGGUGUCGUCAAGAGCCGAGCACGCGAACGUCGACGAGAAGGUCGAUCUAAGACCUUUGACUGGGCAGAGUUCAGGCCCAUUGCCCAAGCCCUGGCUCAGCAACGGGCACAAGAGGCAGAGAGCCUCCAGACAGACUUAGGUGAGCUUGAGCGCAGUCGGAGAAGGGAGGAGAGGCGGAAGCGGUAUGAAUCUGUAACAAACUCGUCGAUGGAGCAUUCGCCACUCAAAGAUUCUGAAAGGCUGGAUUUUGAGAGUUUAGAUGGACUUGGACAGUUACGGCCUGAUUCAUCAAGUUCUCAAUUUCUGGAGAGACAGCAGAAAGUGGAGGAGGCAAUUGAGCAACAUUGGCGACAGGUAGAGAAGACACCAAUGCGAGAAGAGCGUAGGGUGCCCCUGUCUUCAGCAAGCCCACCCAUCGAGACUGCAGAGCUCACACAGCUGUUGGAGAAUUACAAGCAAGGGAUAGAGGACCUUAAAACACAGUUGGAAGCUUGUCACCAGCAGCUGCUUCACUCCAAUAAUCACAAGCAGGAGCUGGAACUGCAGCUGAGAACAGCUCUGGAGAGAGAGCAGGACAUACGGGCAGGUUACGUAUCCCCGCUGGAACACCAUUUGGGUCUGGAGGCUGAUGUGACGCCCCAGAUGAAGAGGCCAGAACUGGUUAGUUCUCAAGCACAGAGUUUAACAAAGAAGUACCAGGAGACCAAAGAGCUCCUGAAGCUGCAAGAGUUGAAAAAGCGCAAUAUGCAGGCACAGCUUGGCCUUUCGCUUUCUCACCAACCCAUUAAGGAACCUUACUUUUCUGAAUCCCCUAAAACACCCAAUCUGGAAGGCACUAUCCCGGAACAUGUCCAAACUGUUAACCUUUUGCUCCAGGACAGUGCAGAAGCAAUUCAAGAACUGGACGACUUUACAACUGGCAAAUAUCUAACGGUGAAGGAGCUGACAAAACUGUUAAAGUCCCACACUUGCAAUCAAGAAACGGCAGAGAAGCAACCUUUUCAGAAGAUCCUGGAAAAUUGGAAAUGCCAACAGGAGUUGGAAAAUGAAAUGAUGAUAACUAGUUUGGUCAGAGCAGGUGAAAGCAUCCGGGAAUAUGAGUCCCGUCUUUUAAACAUGGAGGAUUUGGUGGGGAAGGUUCAGAAGCACAGCCUUAGAAGCCCAUAUUGUCCCCUUUCAAAAAUUGAUAACCAUUCAGAAACAAAAGAGGAGACUAUAGGAAUGCUUGCUCAGAGGGUAGAGCUUUUAACUAGUGAAAAUGGGGCACUGAAACAAAAAUGCCAAGAGAUAGUGAACCAGCUGACUGAAGCAGACAGAGAAAUAGACCGACUGAAAGCUGAGCUUAUCAGCCAUCAGGGUGGCAAACAGCAUCAGCUUGUUACGGAAGAAAUGAAAAGACUAAAGGCUGCUCUGGCUGAAAGCCAGGCUAAUGCUAUAGACAGGGAGUAUUACAAAAAGGAGCUGCAUGAGAAAUCGCAAAGGCUCCAUGAAGCUCUGGUUACAGUGGAGGAGCUUGGCGCCAGCCUUAAAGACACUGAGAAGAAGCUGCAGUUGAAAGAAGCCACGUUGAAAGGGCUAGGAUUCCAGGCAGAUUAUGAGGGUGAGGUGCUACACCUUGAGCGAGAGCAUUUCAAAGACCUGCUUGAAGCCUCGCAACAAAAACUAUUUGAAACGGAGGCAACCCUCCAUACUACACAGCAACACUGUAUUGAACUUGAAUCUAGGAACUGUGAACUGAUCAUACUGCAGCAGAAAUCAGAGGAGGUCAGUAAGGAGAAGCUUAGGGAAGCAGAAAAUCAAAUACUGAUGCUACGAGAGAAGUUAGAAAUAAGGACAGGGGUAGGUGAAAAGUCAAUGGCCGGUGGUGACUGUGUUGAGGAAGGAGGCAAGCAUGUUGAUAAAGGUAUUUUAAAGCAGGUAGUAAAUGAGAUUGAGAUGAGGUCCGAGGCAACUAAUCAGGUUUUAGACAUGUUGUCAAAGGUAGAUGUUGAUGUAGAGACAUUGUUGAACAAUUUAAAAAGCACUUUAAGUGUAAGCAGGCUCCUUACCUCUCCGAAAGAAGGGCUGCUAUGUGUGAGUCAAAAAGACACGGUUUUGGUUUUGGAGGCAGAAUUCUUGAGCCAGUUUCUAAGUACCACUGGAAUAAAACCAGAAGCAUGCAAACCUGGCUCUGAGCCCAGUUUGGCACAAGAAACGGCACAUAAGAGUUUGAUGCUUCUUAAAAGUCAUAUUUAUGCAAAUGCCAAAGCUGAGAGGGAAAGAAUGACAGAGGCGGAUUUGACAUCUAUGUACACCUGGCUUGAUAAUGAAACAAACACCCUUAUUCUUAAAGAGCUGACAGAAACAUUGGAGGCAAGAUCAUUGCUUUUGUCAAACAUUGCAUCAAGGGUUAAGUUGGCUGAAGAUGACACUCUAGUGUCAUUAGCUCGGGAGAGCUUUACAUUUGGUCGAGAACAGAAACAAUCUUCUGAGUAUUUGCUUGAUGCACUUAAUGAUGCUCGCAUGUCAUAUGUGAUUAUUAGGUUGCAAUUCCAGCAAGAAAAAGAGCUCAUGGAAAAGCAGACCAAAGUUAAAAUUGAUAGCUUUGACUGUGCAAAUUGCUAUAAAUUGAGAGAAGCCACCAAAGAUCUGCAGUCCAAAAUAGCAGAGCUCCAUUGUCAACUGUCUGAGGUGUCUAGGAAAACUGGCCUGGAGUCACAGACUUCCAUACAAAGGGUGCCCAUCGACUCAACUGAGAAAACCUGCGAGCUUUAUGACAUAAUAGCCAGACAAGAGAAGGAGCUUCAUGAGGUCAAAGAUAGCUAUGAACAGGAAGCUGACAAACUGCGACAGGAAAUUCACAUCCGCUCAGAAAAAAAUGUCAGAGAGAUUGAUUCGCUGACAAACUGCAUGGAGGAACUCAAGAAGAUGCACCAAUUGGAACAGAUGAACCUGACCGAGAGGUUUGACAGAGAAAUAGAGGAGCUGAGUAAUAUGAUGACUUCUGCAAACCCAAACGAGACGUCUACAGUUGAGGACAGUCAGUCUGCUUGCACCCUGGACCAGACAUCCCAUCUCAAAGAACGCAUCCAAGAGCUGCUGACGCGAGUUUCGGUUAUGACUGAAGAGAUGAGGCGCCGUGACGAGCAGGGCGACAUAACCACCCUACGGCUGAAAUACGAGAAAGACCUGGACAAUUUAAAGGCGACAUGCGAGAGGGGCUUUGCUGCCAUGGAAGAGUCUCAUCAGAAGGUGAUUGAUGAGUUGCAGAGGAAACACCAGAGAGAGCUGGAGAACCUGCAUGAGGAAAAAGAAAGGCUGCUGGCAGAGGAGACUGCAGCCACUAUCGCUGCAAUUGAAGCAAUGAAAAACGCCCACCGGACCGAGCUGGAGAAGGAGCUGGACAAGGCUCGUAAGGCCAACAGCAAUGCAGAGAAUGCAGACAUGGACGAGAUCCGCAGACAGCAUGAGGAGGAACUGUGUUCGUUCCAGCGGGAAAUCGAGGUGUUGUCAGAGCAGUAUUCCCAGAAGUGCCUGGAAAACGCCCACCUGGCUCAGGCACUGGAGGCCGAGAGGCAGGCCCUCAGGCAGUGUCAGAGAGAGAACCAGGAGCUCAAUGCUCACAACCAGGAACUUAACAAUCGUCUGGCAGCAGAAAUCACCAAGAUGCGCUCAAUGGCAUCUGAGGAUGGAAUGGGAGACACAAACACUACAAUACAAGGGAAAGAGCUCUAUGAGUUGGAGGUUAUGCUGAGGGUCAAGGAGUCUGAGGUCCAAUACUUAAAGCAGGAAAUCAACUCAUUGAAAGAAGAACUCCAAGCUGCACAAAGAGACAAAAAAUAUGCAACAGAUAAGUACAAGGACAUCUACACAGAGAUGAGUAUCGUCAAGGCCAAAGCAGAGCGGGACCUGGGCCGGCUCAGAGACCAGCUGCAGCUGGCUCACGAGGCACUUGGCGAACCCACUCUGGAGGAAGUGGAUCGGGGAGGAUACGAUAUCAUGAAGUCCAAAAGCAACCCUGACAUCCUUAAGAUGGCAGCUGCUGCGGCCAAACGCUCAGAACGCACCAUGAGGUCAAAGUCUGUGAAUCGUGACAUGCCCUGGGACAGUUAGGGUUGCCGAGGAAAUGUAGGCUUCCCCCCCUCUACUUUUAGAGUCUUAAGGAAGGACUGACACCUGAGCAAAGACUCCACCUGUUUGAAAACAAAGACACUAAGGAGUUCUGAAUGUGAUGCGUCCCAUCCUUUGAAAACAAAGACACUAAGGAGUUCUGAAUGUGAUGCGUCCCAUCCUUUGAAAACAAAGACGCUAAGGAGUUGUGAAUGUGAUGCGUCCCAUCCUCCAAAACCCGCCUGCAUGUUAAGAAGAGGCCACUAUUUUAGCUCUGUAAUGACUUAUUUAGUAACACUACACACUGGUCACAAAACAAAACAUUUAUCAUUAAAGGAAACAUGGUAUGAAGUUCCAAUUUCAUGUUUAGAAUUUGCAUUCCAUGCACUUCAGUUAACUGUGACAAUUUUUUUUAUUUGUAUUUUUUGCUGCCGUUGUCUUACUGUAAAUAUGUUGGGGGUUUUUUAAAAUUGAGAAUCUGUCACGCGUACACUAAAACUAUGACUGCGUAAGCUACUGUUUUAACUCAAACUUGCGAGCCAAGGAUGUAAUGUCUUAACGAUGAACUACACUUACUGCAGAUAAUACAUGCAAAACGUAGGAAGGAGUGUGGGCGUUCAGGUCAGCAUGUGAAAUGAUCCGCUACUCUGACCACCGUUCCAGUACACUUGGUAUUUGGAAGAAAUGUGCACAAACGCAUAAUCUCAAAAACAAUCUGCCAUGUUGCUCCAUCGCCGGACUUAACAGCAUAGAUGUUCUCUUCCAUCCUUGGAUUGAUCCCCGUGGAAAGACGGCAGCUGAAUGCACAUGGAUGAGGUUCUCUGACUAUAAUUUAAAUAUAUGUAUUAAAAUUGUUAGGUUUUUGUCACUGCAAUCAUUGUUCCAGCUGUAUAGGGAUUGGUUGUGUUUGUAGUCUGUAUUUAUUUAAAUGGUUGGGAUUUUUUUUCCUUUCACAUUCCCAUUCCUCUGUACUCUAAUAUUGUAAAUAUAAACCAAAUACACAUAUUCACCAACUGAUUACAGGUUUAUUAGCAAUAAAUAUUUUUGCACCCUU